AUGCGGCCACCCGGCAGCGGCGCAUCCGCAGAGAAGGUGUCCACCUUCCGCCGUCACUUGCACAGGACACUGGAGAAGGGCGAAACCGUGGAAUUAUCAGCCUGGGGCCCUGUCGCCUGCCGCAACACGUUACAAGCUUUCGCGACAUGUCCAAAAGCUGUUGAGUUCCAAUUAGAUUGGAUGACAAAAGAGUCUGAGAAGGAACGCUGCCUUCAUUUCAUUGCGAAGAGCUUCUUGCCGUGGGAAGAGUAUCUACAAACCCGCAUCAUGAACACAAAGUCCAUACCAGUAAAAGCAGAGACCCGAGCGCCGGCGUUGGCUCGUUCAAUUUGCAGCGUGCUGGAGUCAGCCCCACCAGAAUCACAGGCCGUGCGGGUCUAUGCAUCAUUGGAGGAUGAGGCGGCGGUGGCUGUUCUUGCCAAAGGUUUGGCAUCUGCACCGGGCCUGCAUCCGUUCAAGGGAUUGAAGUGCAUUUGCAACAUCGUGACGCCCAUGGAGCAUCCUGUCAGCAGGCUUUUCACGUAUGUGACGUUCAGGGAUGAAGUAGCUGUUCCGAAGGUAUCCUACAAAGAGUUCCAGGUCUAUCCGUCCGGCAACAAUGAUGAGGAAGCCAAGCGUCGCUUCAUGGCUUCCGUGCAAGAUCGUUUACACAUGGGCUACGAAGUGAAGAUGAGCUGCCGAGCGGCUGCGGAUGUGAUGCAGGCCAUUCGAUCCUUUUGCUUGCUGAAAGGGCAUGUAGCAGAGUUUCGUGUUUCCUGGACUUCCUUGAAUCCAGUGGCUAAUGACCAGCAAACGUCUAAAUCUUCAUCUUCUGCUCGAGCUCUGUGGGUUCAGGCGGUCCGAGGGCCAAGCUGGGAGGACUUCAACUCCAUCGAUUUCAGCAACUCCCGCCUGCUGAAAGCAACUGCGACGACACCUGUUGGCAAGCUGGCAUACGCCACGAUUGCGGAGGUUAGGCUUCAUGGGGCCGUGUCGAUUCAUUGCUUCUCAGACAAUCCUGACAACGUGAACGCAGUCAUGAAAGCAUUGGCUACCGUUUCCAGCAUCAGCGGAAAACGGUUCCGCUGCUUUCCGAGCUUUGGGCGCACCGCGCCUGUGGGCGACCCAGUUCUCAGAGUUUACGUGCUGCGCCAUCACGGAAGCAUAGAAUCUGCCGGCGACCGGAACAAAAACAAAAGUGAUGUGCCUUUGCCAAAGAGCAAGGUUCAGAAGCAGGCCCGUGGUUGCAGCGAGCUAUUUGAAACAGCUCAGCAGCUUGCACGUGAUGAUCGGUGA